AUGAAUGCCCACUACCCGCAAGACCUCCAGAUCCCGUUGGCCCACACUUAUUCCGGGCGGUAUGACCCGCAAGAGCAUAUCGACAUGUAUUACGGCAACAUGCUGAUGUUGGGAGUAAGCGAUGCGGUCAUUUGCAGAGCUUUCUUCGCCACCUUAGUCGGUAAGGCGGCCGAAUGGUUCAAGGAUUUAGAGCGGGGGUCGAUCAGAAAUUUCGGCCAGCUGGCCGAUAAGUUCGUAAAGCGCUUCGCUGCAAGUAAAUCGAGAAAGAAAUCUUACACCUGCCUGAACAAGGUAAAUCAAGCCGUGGGAGAACCGUUGUCUACUUUCUUAUUCAGAUGGGAACGUGAGGUUGAUGAGGUUGAACCAAUGGAGGACCAGGUGGCAAUCCAAGCCUUCCUUGCAUCACUGUGUUCUGGGGCGCUCUACUACGACCUCAUAGUUAAUCCCCCCCGAACCUAUGAGGAGGCCAUCACCAGAGCUAAACAUCAUGCAGACGCCACCGAAGCCAACAUGGCAAAAAGACGUGAUGAGCAGCCGGCCAAUCGGGACAGAGGCCAUGAUCAGAGGAAAAAUAAACCACCGUUCAAACACGUCAAACAACACAAUCGACCAGAUGACGUACCACGUUUCACUUCGCUAAACAGACCCCUGGUGGAAGUUUUGCAGUUUGCUGAGCAAUGCAACCUGAUCCACCCGCCAGAACCGGUACCUGAGGGGGAGGACAAGAGCAAGUAUUGUGCUUUCCACAGAGUCAAAGGACACAAUACUUCGGAGUGCAUGGCCUUGCGCAUGCUCAUUGAACAACUCAUUCAAAAUGGAGAGUUGGGGCAAUUUGUGAUGAAGGGCGAUGGAAACAAAGGAAAAACAGAGAGGAAUGUGUGGAAAAAGAAUCCCGAAAAGAACAACAAGGCAUUCGUCCCACCCAGGUCAGCUGACGAGAAGGCGGUCGGAAAGAAACCAGUGAUCCACGUCAUCUACGGGGGCCCUGAAGGAGGUGAUUCUUCGCGCCAAAGGAAGCAGUGGGCGAGGAACUUAUACGUUGGGACGAUCCACUCGGAGCCCCGAGAGAAGAAGAAGCGUACAGAGCCAAUAUCUUUCACUGACGAUGAUCUACCACUCCAUGGGGAAGCCCAAAAUGACCCGCUCGUCAUCACACUAGAUGUCAGCGGAACGGAUGUCCAGCGGGUGCUGGUUGACACAGGGAGCUCGGUGAACAUUUUAUACUUUGAUGUCUUUACACAAUUGGGUUUGUCCACCGAUCGGUUAACCCCCAUUCGGACCCCGCUGUCUGGUUUCACGGGCGACUCCAUAGAAGCAGAGGGAGUCAUCCGCUUGGACGUGGAGUUGGGCAGCCAACCGAACGUAUUGAAGACUACCAUGGACUUUGUGGUAGUGAAAUUGAAGUGUGUUCACAACGCCAUACUUGGACGACCAGGCAUCACUCGCGCAGCUGCUGUUAUAUCCAUGAGCCACUUGUGCAUGAAGUUCCAUACACCUAAUGGGAUUGGAGUGGCCCGAGGAGACCAACGUGUUGCUCGGCAAUGCUACGUGCGAGCGGUCAAACAGUCGGACCGGGAGGAAAGCAGGAUUCACACCAUAUCCCAGCAGGUCGACCAUGGAGAGCUGAAGGAAAAACCACAACCUGCCUCAGAAUUGGAAGAAAUCAUACUUGACUCCGACCGACCCGAAAGAGUAGUCAAGAUCGGUCGAGGACUCCCUGUCGACCUACGAGAAGACAUCGUUGGAGUGUUGCAGAGAUACAAAAAUGUUUUUGCUUGGGGACCGGAAGACAUGCCCGGGGUUGAUCGAUCUGUCAUUUGCCACCGCUUAUCAAUCCAGCCAGGUUCAAAACCGGUCAAGCAAAAGAAAAGGCACCUGUCGAGUGAAAGAAGGGAAUUNCUACGUGGUAAUGGCAUUUGGUCUGCGGAACUCCGGAGCUACAUACCAAAGGAGGGUGACAAGUUGUUUAAAGGAUUGCUCGGAUCGACUAUGGAAGCAUAUGUGGAUGACAUGCUCAUCAAGAGUCGACUGAAGGAAACUCAUCCUACCGAUCUUGCCCGAGCAUUCAGGGUGAUGGAAAUUUCAACCUGCGUCUGA